AUGGUAAUAUAUAAUGGAAAGAACUCCCGGAACAAGUCUCUAUGGAAAGAUGAACCCACACAUUCCGGAUCAGUUAUCUUCUUCGGCGACAAGAACCAACUGCAGCUGCGAGGAAGACUCGGCGGCAGAACCAACUGCAGCUGCGCGAGAAGACUCGGCGGCAGAACAGUCUACUUCCUGAUCGACACCGGAGCCAACGUGUCGGUAGUGUCUAUGGACAUCGUCCAAGCCUGUGGACUCUCUUCUUCAGUCGACACCGAAGAAAGCCUCGUAAUCCUGGGCGACGACGGACAACGGACGCCGCAAGUCCUCGGAGUUUUGAAAGCCUUCGUCUACUGCCAGGGAGUCGAGUUAAGGCCGUACUUCGCCGUGGUGGACCAGAAUCUUCAAUGUAUUCUCGGAAUGGACGUCAUCAGACCGUACUGCAGUUGCCUCGUGCUUUCUCCAGAACGGCCUCUUAUGCAGCUGAAGACGCCGACGAGCGCCCUGAAGUCGAUGAUGAGUCCCAGCCUCCGCGUGGAGUGCGUAGUCAACGGGCGGAUGACGGAGGCCUUGGUGGACACUGGAGCCAACUGCAGCUUCAUCUCCCUGGACCUCGUUCACGAACUGGGUCUACAAUUUGAGGAGAGUAGUCUACAAGGGUUUCAGACCAUAAAGGGCAUAUCGCCCAUGUUCGGCAUCGUCAGGUGUGUUACUGUAGCUCUCCUGGGGCAGGUGUUCACUCUCGAAAUGAAGGUAGAGCACAGUAAGGACAAGAUCACCGUUGGACUCGACGCCCUACUGGGAUUCACACUCUGUUUCGAUGAAGAUGCCGACAGACUAAUAGAUUCUUCGAGCUCUGUCUCAUUCUGAUUUGGAAAUCUUCAUGGAAUUACCCGGACGUAUGUCCCCUUCUAGAUCUCCUAAUAUUUUAUGGAGUUUUAAUGUGCUGCUUCAAUUGUUAAAGUUAAGGAAUAGGUCAAACUGAGUGUAACUUUUAGAGAUACAACCUAUGUUUAAAUAAAAUAAAGAUGAUU